CAUUCUCUUCUUCUCCUCUUCCAAGUAAAAGAUAGAAAACCUUGGUCGAUAUUUUCCAGUCUUACAACCCAAACAGAAGAUGGAGAAAUCUGCAGAGCAAGAAUACAUUCAAAAGGCCUUUGGUUGGGCAGCCAGGGAUGCCUCAGGAAUCCUCUCACCCUUCAAAUUCUCUAGAAGGGCCAACGGGGAGGAUGAUGUUACCAUAAAGAUACUCUACUGUGGAAUCUGUCACACGGAUCUUCACUUCGUUAAGAAUGAUUUCGGGAAUUCUUCAUACCCGCUCAUCCCCAGGUACAUUUAUCUUAUAAUACUCUAAUUUUUUCCCUUACUUUUGAGUAGGCCCUACUAUACAUGGGGCCCGGGUUGAAAAGCACUCUUCAUUGG